UCCGCUGUAGCUCAGGUGCUUGACGCGAGUGCUUCUGUCCCGGCCCAUGCACCGGUGACCAAGCUCAUGCUUUCCCCGUUAUUUGUUGCGGGAUCUCACAGCAGCAGACCUCUCCAUCAUGAUUUUGUUCGGCUUCGGUUAUGUGUCUUAAGGAGCGGGGAGUGCAUUGCAAACCUUGGUCCCUUGUUGAAGAUUCUCGAUGAACGCUGGCGGGGACAGAAGCAAAGUGAAGACGACCGGUCCGUUGACUCGAUUGAAUACACCCCUGUAUCAGUCUGUGUACUGUUUCGAGUAGUAUAGCUGCAAGCGAAGAAGGGAAU